GCCCCGCCGUGCGGAGCCAUCACUUCCGGUUGCGGCCUAGACGGUUGGGAACCGUUGUUCGCCGAAGGGAGACGGGAGCGCGCGCCCGUGCGCGAGUCCCCGCCGUGGCGGUUGUCAUGGCAGCGGCCGCGGGGCCCGGAGGGGGAGAUCCCGCCGUGGCUGCGAGGGAUGAUGGCGGGGGGGAAGCGGAACGGGGGAGCCCCCCCGGCUCGGACCCACGACGGCCGGGGCCGGGGGGGCGGGAGGAAGAGGAGGCGGGGCCGGACAGCGCGGGGGUCCCGGGCGGCCAAAGCCCCGCGCCCUCGUCGCCGCCGCUCCCCUCGCGAGAGGCCGAAGUCAGCGUGGAGAUCGGCGAGACCUACCUGUGUCGGCGCGGGGACGGGACCUGGCACUCUGCUGAAGUGAUCCAGUCUCGGAUCAACGAACAAGAAGCCAGGGAGGAAUUUUACGUGCACUAUGUUGGAUUUAACCGGCGUCUGGAUGAGUGGGUCGACAAAAACCGCUUGGCCCUCACGAAAACUGUCAAAGAUGCGGUGCAGAAAAACACCGACCAGUACAUGAACGAGCUGUCUGAACAGAAAUCGAGCGCCAGCAAAAUUAAUUCAACUGUAUUAAAACACGACGAGAUUAACCAUGUACAGAAGACUUAUGCUGAGAUGGAUCCUACCACAGCCGCUUUAGAAAAGGAGCACGAAGCAAUCACCAAGGUGAAAUACGUGGACAAGAUACAUAUCGGGAACUACGAGAUCGACGCUUGGUAUUUCUCCCCUUUCCCGGAGGACUAUGGGAAGCAGCCCAAGCUCUGGAUCUGCGAGUACUGCCUCAAGUACAUGAAGUUUGAGAAGACCUACCGCUAUCACCUCGGCCAGUGCCAGUGGAGGCAACCACCAGGCAAGGAGAUCUACCGGAAGAACAACAUCUCAGUGUACGAGGUGGACGGCAAAGAUCACAAGAUUUACUGCCAGAACCUCUGUCUCUUGGCCAAGCUGUUCCUGGACCACAAGACCCUCUAUUUUGACGUGGAGCCCUUUGUUUUCUACAUUCUGACUGAGGUCGACCGGCAAGGGGCCCAUAUCGUCGGCUACUUUUCCAAGGAGAAAGAGUCGCCAGAUGGUAACAACGUGGCCUGCAUCCUCACUUUGCCCCCCUACCAGAGGAGAGGUUACGGAAAGUUCCUCAUCGCUUUCAGCUAUGAGCUCUCCAAGCUGGAGAGCACGGUGGGUUCCCCGGAGAAGCCUCUCUCGGACCUAGGCAAGCUGAGCUAUCGGAGCUACUGGUCGUGGGUGCUGCUGGAGAUUCUCCGGGAUUUCCGGGGCACUCUUUCCAUAAAAGACCUCAGCCAGAUGACCAGCAUCACCCAAAAUGACAUCAUCAGUACGCUGCAGUCGUUGAAUAUGGUCAAGUACUGGAAGGGGCAGCAUGUCAUCUGCGUCACCCCCAAGCUGGUUGAAGAGCACCUCAAAAGCGCUCAGUACAAGAAGCCUCCCAUCACAGUGGAUUCCCUCUGCUUAAGAUGGGCCCCUCCCAAACACAAGCAAGCCAAGAUUUCCAAGAAGUGAGGGAGCGACAGCCGAACGGGAACAGAAGAGGUUUCGCCUCAGUUCACGUCCACCCUUCAUUUUUAAAGAGAUGGUCGCAGGCCAAGCGUCUGUGUUGGACUUACAUUGACUGGGUGUUCUUUGAGCAGAUGGGUUGGAACAAAAGGGGGGAGGGGGUGUUACCCACUGCUGCAUCCUCUCUGCUGGAGGACUGUGGUUUAUUGGUUCUUCGGGUGGGGGGGGGGGGAAGAGGCUGCCCUCCUGCCUCUCCUCAUGUGUAGCAAAUUCAUUCUUCCCCUUCACACUUGAGCUCGUCGGCUUAAGUUCUCCGCAGCCUGCAGAAUGCCACAGUUAAGAUCCACCCCCUGAAGCAGCAAGGGAAAGGAACGCCGUCCCUUUUCCAAUCUCUUGCUCGCGCCGGCUUCUCAGCUGCCCGGCACCAAGCUGCUCAUCACAGCGGGGCAGGUUUUACAGAGUGAAAGCUAAUCAGCAGUGCAAGACUCAAAGCAGCGAACUAUUGAGUGGGGAGGAUGCCAGGAAGCCAACCAGAAGACGGGCGGGUGGCAGCGGCAGGGCUUAAGGGGCGUGUAAGACCCUGAACGCUUUCUCCAACCUGUCCCGUUUCAGAGAAUCGAAAGGACAGUUGGCUUUCCCUGCUCUGUUGGUGUCCUGCAGUCGUCCUAUUGGCCACCCUCUCUGGCAGACGGAUGUGAAAGUUCUGACCCCACCUGCUUUUUGCUCUGGCCACGAGAGUUCUUGAGCCCUUCCCUGCGCCAUUCUGGACUGUUUGGAAAAAGAGGGCGGGGACUGUUACGAGUGACAGUUCCUUGCUUUUGAGUUUAAGACGAGGGUCAAGUCAGGCACGACUGCAGCUCCCUCUAAAGCAGCUGCCAAAACUGCCUUCAAGACUCCAGCCAUGAAUAGCAGUUGUGAGCGGUUGUGAGCGGCCCCUAGUCUCUGGGAGUGUCCACUUUGAAUUGUAGGGACUUUAUAUCAAGGAAGGGAAGGGGGUUUUUUGGGGAGGGGGGUGAGACUUGGAGGGCAGGUGCAUCAAGCUAAGUUUUUUCCUUUUGAACAACAGCCUUGGUUAGGCGCAGCAGAUAGUAGCCGGGUCGAGGAAGGCGCUGUCUAGUGGCGUGGUGUGGUUCUCUUUCUCUCUGCCCCCCUCCCUCCAUGGGGGGAGGAAUAUGGCUUUGCUGGUGCUCAGCAAGAGGGGCAUGUCCUGCAAGUCUCUCAGCCCCACCGGGUGAAGAGGGAAGGGCUGCCAGCCAUCUUCCGGCAGCUGCCUGCUUGUACGCCUGGCGACGGCAGGCUCAGCUGACGGCUGCACCAUUGGACGAAAUAUCUACAUGGUAGUUUGGCUAUAGCUAUUAGGCUCACGCUCCAUGUACACGUUGUGUUUUCUGUUAUCUUGAGAAGUAUUUUCAUUAAAAAAAAGACAGAAAUGCGGA